UAGGCUUGCCCUGGAAUACAAUUUUUGGUUUUACCUAUUGGUAUAUUUGGAAGUGGAGAAAUCAUUGUGUUUUUAAUAAUGAGGAGGCUCUACCUUAUUGCCCCCAAAAUACUAUUUUGAAAGCUGCUAAGGAGUGGUUAUUGCAUGCUUAUGUGUCUCAACCUAAAAAACUGGAAGUGUUGGCUUCUCUUGCUUGGGUUCCACCUGAUGUGGGAUGGUUCAAACUGAAUGUGGAUGGCUCUCGGAGAUUUUCUAGUGGCAAUAUUGGGACUGGAGGGGUACUUCGUAACUGUAACGGGAAUUGGGUUGAAGGCUUUACUGCUAGUUUGGGUCAAGGGCAGGUUUUGGAUGCUGAAAUUUGGGGUUUAUUCUUCGGUCUGAAGUUAGCAGUGGCUUGCAACAUCUCUCAUCUUAUUGUGGAGAUGGACUUUGCUUUAGUGGUGCAGCUCAUACAAAUGACUGAUCCCAUUCUUUUCCAUCCUCUAACUGGCGUAAUUAUGGACUGCAGACAUAUGAUGGUGCAAAUUGGAGUUUCACUGAGCUUACUCUGUCUCUCUGACAAUCUCAACUCCAUCGACUCUCUAGUCCCUUACCAUCCCAUCUCUUCGCUUUCACUCUCAAACCAUCGAGUCUUCUCAUUAGGCAUAUCGACGCCUGAUAUCUCAUUUAUUCGACGAACUUCGAAGCUCAGGGCUGUAACCACAUGACGACCAAAUCAGUAGUCCAAGACUUCUCAUCUGACACUUCACGCGGACCCAAUCCUUCUCCAAUCUCUGUCAAGCUCGAGACUCCAGCCACUCUACGCCCUCCUCAACCACCUGCUAACUCAGACGUUCAUAUCGUACAUGUACCUAGCUAUUCCAGGUGGUUCUCAUGGGACCAUAUCCACCAUUGUGAAGUUCAAUUCCUCCCAGAGUUCUUCGAUUCUCACUCUCCUUCCAAGAAUCCUAGGCUUUACAUGUACUAUCGCAACAACAUCAUCAAGCAUUACAGGGACAACCCUGCCCGAAAGCUCACCUUCACUGAUGCCCGUAAGACUCUCGUUGGUGAUGUUGGCUCCAUUCGCAGGGUUUUUGAUUUUCUUGAGGUUUGGGGUUUGAUCAAUUACUCCUCCUCUGCACUCAACAAGCCCCUUAGGUGGGAGGACAAGGACAGCAAGGCUGCCUCUCCGGUCGCUGAAUCCCCCACAAGUUGUCCUGAAGACUCUUCCACUCCCAACAAGGAGAGCCCCAAGAAGAGAGUGUGCCAUGGUUGCAAGUCUCUUUGUAGCAUUGCCUGCUUUGUUUCUGAAAAGUAUGACAUGACUCUCUGUGCAAGGUGCUAUGUUCGCGGGAAUUAUCAGAUUGGUGUAACUUCUUCAGAUUUCAGGAGGGUUGAGAUCAAUGAAGAGAUGAGGAGUGAUUGGGCAUAUAAAGAUACUUUGCAUCUUCUAGAAGCUCUCAUGCAUUAUGGUGACGAUUGGAGGAAGGUUGCACAACAUGUCGGUCGAAGUGAGAAGGAAUGCAUCACUCAUUUCAUUAAAAUUCCUUUCGGUGAAGAAUUUAUUGCUGAUUUCGAUUCUGGGAAUUUCGACUACAAGAAUACUAGUCCUUUGAAAGACUCUGUGGAUUCCAAAUUUGGAAUGGAGAGUAAUGGUACACCAUCCCCAAGUAAAAGAAUGCGUCUCACACCUCUUGCAGAUGCAAGCAACCCAAUAAUGGCUCAGGCAGCCUUCCUGUCAGCUUUGGCGGGCAUAGAGGUUGCAAAAGCUGCUGCUUGUGCGGCCGUAACAACCCUUUGUGAGGCGGAUUAUGAAACAAGUAGACUGAGUCUAGGAUCUCGGGCUUGGAAUGCAAGACAGCAUGAAGUGAAUGCUGAAUCCAAUGGGGACACCAACCUAGAUGAACUGGGAGGUGCUUUUGUAGAUGCAAAUUCACAACUUGAAAAGGAAGGGAUGGAUGUGGAGAGGGCAAUUUCUGGGAUUACAGAGGUGCAGAUGAAAGAGAUUCAAGAGAAGAUUGUUCGUUUUGAGGAAUUAGAUUUACAGAUGGAGAAAGAACGGCAAAAAUUGGAGCAAAUGAAAAACAUGCUCUUUGUUGAUAAGCUAACACUUUCAAUUCAUAAAACUUGUGCACAAAGAACUGAAGGAAAGGAGAAGAAUAUACAAACAGAUUGA